GGUAUAAAGAGACCUGCGCCCGCGCCGCGCCUCCUACUGACAUGGCGGUGCUACUGAGAUUGGUAAUCCUGACGGUGUGCGCGGCGGCGCAGGCGCAGUACGCGGAGGAGCGCGCGCCGCGGUACAUCGCCUCGGAGUCCAAAGUGGCGCCUACACCCGUACCCAUAUUGAAGCAGAUCAACAGGCAUAACGAAGAUGGUUCAUACACGUACGGGUAUGAGGGUGCCGAUGGAUCGUUCAAAAUAGAAACGAAAACACAAAACGGUGAAGUGAAGGGCAAAUACGGAUACAAGGAUGACACGGGAAAACUCCGUGUGAUCGAGUACGGCGCCAACAAGUACGGUUUCCAGCCGGCGGGAGAGGGCAUCACCGUCGCUCCCCCCACCCUGGUCGACGAGUCCACCCGGGAACCUGGCAAGGGUAACAAGCAGUACAGAGACUACGACUACGAAGACCCAGCCCCCGCGCCGGCACCAGCGCCGCGCCCGAGGCCCGCGCAGCCCGCCUACCGCGCUCCUCCACCACCGCAGCAGCAGUACAGGCCCGAGCCACAGCAGUACAGGCCUGAGCCGCAGCAGUACAGGCCUGCCCCCCAGCAGUACAGGCCACCGCCACAACAGGCCGCCCCCGUACCGCCCAAGCCCGCCUUCUUUGCUGGAGCCGCCCCCGCGCCACCAGAAGACAACUUCUUCAACCCCGAACCGCAACCGAAGCAGUACCGACCGAAGCAGGACUUCCGACCGGCGCCGCAGCCGCAGCACUUCGCACCCAAGCACACCCAGGCCGAGUUCCAGGAUUACAACCAGCAACCACGGUACACCCAGGCCAACCAGUACCAGGAACCGCAGCCGCGACCCCACAAAGGCCAGACCUUCUCCAUGCUCGACCAGCUCUUGAAAGAAUACUCCCUACCCCAAGGUAACUCGGCUCCAACCCACGAUAUUACCUUCGGGUCAUAUUAGUCAUAGUAAAUUGAAAUUCUUGUAAAUAUUAUGUAGUGUACUUUUUAUUAAAUGUAUUUUUUACU